GAGAUCCAAACAAGUAUCAGCUGUGUAGCAGUCAUUGUUCGUGUCCGUUUUGGCAGUCGUACAAGAAUCCUGUUUUCUUCAUUUUUUGUCAACGAUUGGAUUGUCCGAGGGAGUAGCAAGCGGUGGCCGAAACGCACGGGAAAAAGGGGGGCGCGAUUUUCCUGCAACCGUGGCUGCGUGCGUGCCCCAGCCCCAGCCCCAGCCUCAGCCCUUGCCCCACCAACGAACCCAGGGACAAUAAUCGUGUGAAAAACGGGGCGGUACGCGCACAAGCCUGGCCUCGAGCGGCGAGUCGGACGACGGUGGACUCGCUCCGCCACCGCGCAAAAGGUCCCGUAGUUGUCUCCCGGCUACCUUACGACCAGCGGACGAGCACCACUCCAACCCCGAGAUGGAGAAUUAUCGUGUGAUGCAGCAAACCUCUAAUGGUUCCGCUGUAUCUGGACCUCAACAAAAUGGAGCAACAGCAGAUUCUGGUGGACCUCAUACCAAUGGCAACUUAGCGCCAGGACCUGAUGGUGAUCUGAAUGGAAUAAAUGGAGAACCUAAUAGGGCCCUAGGACCUCCUAAAAUUAUGGACAAAACAAAUCAAGAUAUUGUACGUCUCAUCGGACAGCAUUUGAAAACAGUUGGACUUGAUCGUACCGCUGAUUUGCUUAUGCAAGAGUCAGGCUGCCGCUUGGACCAUCCAGCUGCUGCAAAGUUUCGGCAGCACGUGAUGGACGGCGAUUGGAACAAAGCGGAUCAUGAUCUCAACGAACUGAAAUCCUUCUUAAAUGGCUCCGGCCAGAGCCUCGUGGAAAUGAAGUUCCUGCUUCUUGAGCAAAAGUAUCUCGAAUACCUGGAGGAAGGCUUAGUGUUGGAGGCCUUGCAAGUACUUCGCAACGAACUUACUCCACUUGGGCACAACACCGGACGUGUUCAUCAGUUGUCCGCUUUUAUGAUGUGCAGUGGACGGGACGAGCUCCAGACACGUGCCGGUUGGGAUGGCAAAGGUUCUGCCUCGAGGGCUGCUCUAAUGGACAGAUUGCAGAAAUAUUUGCCACCUUCCAUAAUGUUACCUCCACGACGUCUUCACUCUCUCUUAUGUCAGGCUGUGGAAAUGCAAAAUCAACAGUGCACAUACCAUAUUACUCAUACUCAGACGAGUCUAGAGAAUGUCUCGCUGCUGGUGGAUCACAGCUGCAGCAAAGAGCAAUUCCCGUGCCAUACUACCCAGGUGCUCAAUGAUCACUGCGAUGAAGUCUGGUAUUGUAAAUUUUCACCAGAUGGUCUCAAGCUAGCCACUGGGUCCAAGGAUAUGACCGUUAUCAUAUGGGACGUUGACCCCGAAACCUUGAGAGUAACGCACAGGAAGACACUGGAAGGACAUACGUACGGUGUGGCAUUGAUCGCAUGGAGUCCUGACAGUAGUCACCUGAUAGCCUGUGGGCCUGAAGACUGUCCUGAACUUUGGCUCUGGAGUGUCGACACACCCGACUGCGAGUUACGUGUUAAAUUGACUCAAAGCACUGAGGACUCGCUCACAGCCUGUGCUUGGCAUCGCGACGCAAACAAAUUUGUAACCGGUGGUCUACGUGGCCAAUUCUACCAAUGCGACAUGGACGGUAACGUAUUAGACUCCUGGGAAGGAGUGCGAGUGAGGUGUCUCUGGUGCAGAAGCGAUGGAAAGACCGUGCUAGCCGCCGAUUCUCAUCAUCGUAUUCGCGGUUAUAAUUUUGAUGAGUUGUGCGACUUCGCGAUCCUCCAAGAGGACCACCCGGUGAUGUCCUUCAGCGUAAAUAAAGCGGACCGAUUGGCGUUACUCAAUGUCGCCAAUCAAGGCGUGCAUCUCUGGGAUUUACAAGACAGAUGCCUAGUCAGACGUUUCCAAGGUGUCACACAAGGACAUUUUACUAUUCAUAGCUGCUUUGGUGGUGUCAAUCAAGACUUUGUUGCAUCUGGCAGUGAAGAUAAUAAGGUAUACGUGUGGCAUAUAAAAAGAGAGCUGCCCAUAGCAACUCUUACGGGGCACAGUAGGACAGUUAAUUGCGUAUCCUGGAAUCCCGUUUAUCACCAAAUGAUGGCUUCAGUGUCUGAUGACAGCACUGUACGGAUAUGGGGUCCAAGAUCGUCUUCUCCUGAGAGAGCUGAUAAUGCAAAGACUGCAUCACCUGAGAGCAACUCGUCAAACGGUAGCGGGUGGCACGAGAUGGUGUCGUAGCGGACCACAGUGUACCAGUACUCCCAUGACCCCAUGGUGUUCAAAAGACUGUCCUGUUGACUCUCCCCAGCCCUUUAUCACAAUCCCCGUGCCUCGAUA